AUGUUCUUUGGUGGAGGAGGAAGCACUCAAACAGAAUCAGGCACUGCCUUAGGUCUUAAUGACACAAAUGGCAAUCCAAUUAAGGUGCCCUUGCAAUUAUCAUCAACUUAAUUUACUAAUUUACUUAGACAUCAUGAUAGGUUUGAUUACGAUGUUUAUUUAAGUUACUAUGAUAACUUUCAAUUCUUUACAAGAGGUAAAAUCUAGGGCAGAGAGCCUACCUGGUCAGAAAGCAGCCUGUCUUAUGAAUAUAUUGAGACAAAUGACAGACAUUUCAAUGUCACUAUCCCAGUUAAUGAAAAUUUAAGAAAAAACAAAACACUUUACUUGCAUAUGUAGAUUAAAGCCAAAAAUCCUUUGUACUUAAAAGGUAUUAAUGAUUAAGAUUAUGGUCUUAUUCCAGAAAUUGAUAAUGAUUUAGAUUCAAAUGGAAUUCAGAAAAAUUACAUUCAGAAUUAAAAUAAACUGAGAGCAGUAGUCCAGCCUGAAUAUCUUUAUUUCAAUGAGUCCAUUUCUCUGAUAAAAUACAUGCCAAAGAUUAAAGAAAAGGUUUUAAGAAAUCUAUUAGAUGAAAGUCCUUAGGGAUAUGUAGAGAAUAAAAAGGAAGAGGAAGAAGAAAACGAAGAUAAAAAUCUAUAUCAGUAUUUUAAGAAAGAGUUAUACCUAUAUCUCAUUUAUGAUCAGUAGCAAUACUCAUAAAGUGGGCUACCUCCACCAGUCGCUAAAGUGUUAAAAGUGCAUUAUGAGACUAUGACAUAUGAGCCAAUUAUGUAUCUUAGUGACUACUGGCUAUUAAAGAAGGAUUUAGUGAUGGUGAAUGAAACAGUAGAUGAAUUAAAUUUGACUUUGCAUUUUAAUACCUACUCCCUAAACUACUUUAUCAUGCAAUAGUAAUUCGCUGAAUAGCAUUAAAUGCAAAAAUCCUGGGGUAUGGAAAGCGGAGAUAUGGAUGAAAUGAAAAGAAUGUUCCUUGAGACUGAUCCAAUUCUGCUUACAGUAACUAUGAUAGUGUCUUUAUUGCACACCAUCUUUGAAGUCUUGGCUUUCAAAAAUGAUAUUAAUUUUUGGAAAAACAAAGAUUCGAUGGAGGGCAUUUCAGUAAAAACUUUGUAUCUCUAGACAGGAUGUUCAAUUAUUAUAUUCCUGUACUUGUUUGACAAUGAAACUUCAUUCAUGAUUUUGUUCUCGAAUGGCUUUGGAAUUCUGCUGGAUUUUUGGAAAAUAUAAAAGGCUUCUAAAGUCAUUAAAACUGACAAAUUCCCUUACUUCAAGCUUGAAGACAAAGCUUCCUAUGCACAGAGUGAAACUAAAGAAUAUGAUAGAAUUGCAAUGAGGUAUAUGUCCUAUGCUAUUUUUCCUUUAAUGAUAGGCUAUACUGUUUAUUCAGUGUUUUACAAUGAACACAAAGGAUGGUAUUCCUUCAUCUUGAACACCCUGGUUGGAUGCAUAUACACAUUUGGAUUUAUUCAAAUGACUCCUUAAUUGUACAUUAAUUACAGACUUAAAUCAGUUGAGCACAUGCCCUCAAAGGCUCUUUUCUAUAGAUUCUUGAACACAAUCAUUGAUGAUCUCUUCAGUUUCAUAAUAACUAUGCCAACUCUGCACAGACUUAGUUGCUUCAGAGAUGAUGUCAUUUUCCUAAUAUAUCUCUAUCAAAGAUGGAUCUAUAGAGUGGAUAAAUCAAGAGGUCCUUAUGGUAAGUAAACUGAAGAAGAAAAGAAGUUAGAAGAGGAAAAGAAAUUGAUCUCUGAAGCUAAAGAAAUAAAGUAAGAAGAAGAAGUAGAUAUAAAUGGAGAUAAAAAGUUAAAAACAGAGUGA